GGAGUUAGAGUUCAGGCUGACUUCCUGCUCUCCGCUGUGGGCCACAACUCAGGGUCUGGAAGCCUGUGAGGAGAUAAUUGAUCAGAGCUCACCCUCCCGUGACCCUGGCAGGAGUUGAGAGACAGAAGGUGGCAGCUUCAGCAACAGGAUGUCCACAGGACACGAGAACACAGAAUCUAUAUUCCGGCUCUUCAGAGUACUUAAAUUGGACAUUUCAGAUGCAAUAAAAGAUUUAUUUCCUUUUCUAGAGGUCCUCCGUGACAACAAUGUCAUCAGCGAUAAACAGUAUGACGAUUUUCAAGAAUCCCAUGGAAACCUGAUCCCUGUACAAAAAGUGGUCUACAAAGUCUUGAAAGAACUGGAAGAGAAAAAUGACCUGGAGGCUCUAGGGUUAUUGUUCUGUAAGCAAAAUAUGAAGGCAUACCCUGAUUUGGAACGCAUUUUAAAAAGAUUUAAAAAUGUUUUACCACAGAGCCAAUUUUGGUCAGAAGAAAUUGAUAGAAGAGACCAGAACUCACAGCUCAGUGUUGAACAAGGACCUGGUGACAGCUGCUCUCAAGAAAGCCUGACCUGGUCACCCUCAGAUCCUUCCUCAUCUAAUGGCUGGAGAAGUACCCAGGGAACCCAAACUGAGAAUCGCCAAUUCUCCAUCCCUCAGAUUCACAGUGUUGUGAGUUUAUCUGAAAAUGGACUCUCAGAAGACCUCUAUGAAAUAGUAGACGUGAAAGAAGAUACCACCAGCGACGACAUUGAUGGACUGCAAUGGCCCCAAGCAGCCAGACCGCCAGGCCCAGGUUCUGAGCCAGAGGAGUCCUGUGAACUAAAAGUCCAACUGAGUGACAGAGAUGCAGGCCAGGAGCCUCACAUCCCAUUGCCCUGCAGCAACAAAAGAGCAGCGAUACCCAGCCAUGGGAUCCACUGUUCUGUGCCUAUGGAAAAUAUAAAGCAAGAAAAUUCUUCAUUUUUUUUGGAUGAUGAACAUCAGACCCAUGCAAGGACCGACAACAAUCAGGCCUCUGAGAUAAUAGACCUUACCAGAGAUAAUUCUGAUGAUGGACCCAGGUGCUCAGAGGAAUCUACCUCAGUCACCGGCCAGUCAACUUACACGAGGAGACGUAUCAACAGUUCUUCACAAAGACGCAGAAAACGAGGUCCAAGAAUUCCCAAACAAAAAAAUGUGGAUUUUAACAUUCCUGAGCUUCCGGUGACCUGUGGUUCUGCUAAGGGGACUCUGUAUAGGGAGAAAUUUAAGAAAGGCAUCUAUGAGAAGAGUAUACGGAGUGAGACUGGAUGUUGGUUGACUCCCAAGGAGUUUGAAAUCGAAGGAGAUCGCGAAGACUCCAAGAACUGGAGGCAAAGCCUGCGUUGCUGUGGAUGGACCCUGGGAGAGUUGAUAAAGAAAGAAUUGCUACCGAACCCACAAAGGAAAAAGAAAAAGCUGGAAAAUUCAAGACAUUGUAUGGUGUGCGGAGGGCGACGGAAAUUGCGCCCUUGUGUUAGUUGUAGAAAAUUCUAUCAUAAGAAUUGCCACAUCCCACCUGUGGAAGACAAGAGUGACCCUUGGAGUUGUGUCAUCUGCAAGAUAAAGGAUCAGGCAAAGUGCCAAGAAAAUCAAGCAUGCCAGAAGGAAUCUGAGGUCCUGAAGAGGAAGAUGUUGCCUGAGGAGCAGCUGAAAUGUGAGCUGCUUCUCUUGACUGUCUAUUGCCAUUCAAAAAGUGUCUUUUUUAAAUUCAAACCAAAGCAAAGGAAAGAAGACUUUCCAGCCCUCCAGGAACACAUGUGGUUAGAAAAAAUUAAGAACAAGCUGAACAAGAAGGCAUACCAUUCAGUACAACAUUUUGUUGCAGACAUGCGCCUCAUCUUUCAGAACCACAGCAUAUUUUACAAAAACCACAGGUUCAGCAACCGUGGAGUCAAAGUAGGAAGUCUAUUUGAGGAGACUUUCAAAAGAAUUUUUUCAAUCCAAGGUACAAGCAAAUAACAUCAAACGUGUAAGCACAUGGGUGGUUUUGUUCUCAUAGUCCUUUGAUUCCGUCCAUCACCCAUCCCUCCAGCCGUCAACUGCACAGUGCUCGGAGAGCCCACCCUCCCUUCUGCCCUUCUGUGUAUACGCCCUGCCAACCUUCUACUUCCGACUUUCUGUAUUGUCCUUCCAGUUCCUGUUUAUUUACCUUCCUAAAUAAAACAACGUUUGCAAUGUACAUCACAAUAUUGAGCUGUCCGGUGCUGAGGGAGCCCACUGAGAAGGUGACUCUGGAAGCAGAAAUGUACCCCUCCCCAAUUUUAAACCCAAGUAUGCUGCCCCAAAUGUCUCCAAAGCAUCUUUUCUAAGGAUGACCUGGCCCUUUGAACCAGUGACUGAGUGGAGAUACCAACAAAACAGACCAAAUAUGAAAACAGUGUCCUUGGGAAGAACUAGAAGGUGAACCAUGGCAAACAGAUAUUACAGUUGUUUAUCCUGUGUAAAAUGGAAAGGAGAAGCUGGAGAGAAAACUCCGCUGGGAACUGUGGCUGACUGCUCGGCUUCCACAGACAGUUUCUGCUGACUGUCGUGAGCAUCCAAUUUGAUGAUGUUGUCUCUCUGUUGCUGUUUAUUCUUCAACCUGGAAGCCUCACCAAAUGCUAACUCUGGUCUGCCCUGGACUCCACUGGGAACUCCAAACCCCACCCUCACCAAUUCUACAGACAUCCCCAGUCAGUUCCCCCUGGAUAUUCCAAGUACAUGAUGAGCAAUGAUCUGUUGUUUUUCUCUUUGGCUUGUUAUGUACUUAAUAAACUCAUU